ACAGCCGUUGAUCAGAUUAUUUGAAGUAUCGUAAUAUUGAACCUCGAUACACCCAAGUGAGACCUUUUGGCAUCUGUACCGUCUCCCAGUACCUGCCUACAUGCUGAGCUACUGCUAACCUACUGGCGCUACAGAAUGCACAUUUUGUUACGUUAGACAGAGAGAGAUCUUUCUUUUUCACUAUCGCUUCCUAUAUAGGGAUAGGGAGAGCAAAGAAAGUGAGAAUAGCUUGGUGCAUGGUGGUGCUGGUGUCUCUGCUACGUGCUUGGCAAGAAACCGUGAGAAAACACAGUUCUGCUUGGUUUUUCUUUUGAUUGUUAUGGAAAUGGAUAAGUUUGGGAACUUGAACACUGACAUUCCUUUUGAUGUGCUCUCCCGAUUACCAACAAAGGAUUUGGUUGAGUUGAAGUUUGUUUCAAAAGGCUGGCACCAACUGGUAACCGAUCCUUCCUUUAUCCAAGUUCAGUCACAAAGAAUACAACCACUAUCAGGUUUCUUCUUCCAGCAGAGGUUCCAGUGGUGCCAGGAUGACAUUGUAAUUAUCAACUACAUUCCUAUGAAAUGGGAAGGAGCUGAAUUGCACAAAAAAGUCUUUGAUUUCCUCCCUCAGGAUGUUGUUCUCUUAACAUCCUGCAAUGGGCUAUUUUGUUGUCGAAGUUGCUUUCCUUUUGAGCAGCCAGCUAUCUUUGUCUGCAACCCCUUGAACAAGGAAUGGAUUAAACUAGACUGGGCUGAACCUGACAAAGAAAAAAGCAUUGCUCUGGCAUUUGAUCCCUUUCAGGAUUUUUCAGACAAUUCAGCAAAUUUCAAACUGGUUAGCGUUUCACAAUCAGAGACUGAGCAGGAAGAAUUCUACUUCUCAUUUGAAAUAUAUUCUUCAAAGACUAGGAGCUGGAAACUAUCAAAGGAGAUUUGUUGGUGCAACAGCAAUUUGUACAAGAACAAAGGUGUUUUCAUUGGAGGGAUCUUACACUGGCUUACUGAUGGUGAUCAGAUCCUCACAUUUAAUGUUGAAAACGAGUUCGCUUGGUUGAUUUCAGCACCACUUCCUGCUAUGGAACUCAAUAGUGUACCUGAGUCUUGCAUUGGAGACUCUAAAGGCUGCUUACAUUAUAUAAUGAUCUCCGAAGAAGGACUUCAUGUCUGGUUUCUUGAGGAUUAUUUUGACUGCAAAUGGUCAAUGAAGCACUGCAAAACUCUUGCGGCGAUGGAACAGGAACAUGGUCAGUUUUUCUACAACUUACAGGAGAGAGUGAAGCAGCGGCUGACUGGUAACCCAUGGAUGGAUCCCUUAGCCUUCAAAGAUGGGGUCCUAUUGUUGAGGGUAUCAAACACUAUCUACUUAUAUCACAUUGAGAGGUGUAAGAUGGAUGAAGUCUGUGACAUUUCAAAGUUUGGUACGAAUUCCAUGUUUUGUCCUACUGUGCUUCCUUACUCAAUGAGCUUGGUCCCUUUACUCAACAAGGCAUAGGUUUUUCUUU